UCCCUUCUUCUUGACAUAUUGCUUGCCCUACUAAACGAAUCGAAUGAAUCUGCGUAUCCAAAAUCACUCAUUGCUUGUUUGAGCCGGCUAACUUGUGCCUACUCAUUCAAGGCCCGUUCACCACAUUCCUCCACUUCACUGGCAAAUUCAUCACUUCGUUCUGCCUCACCGUCCUCUUCAGUUGACAGCAUCAAUUCGGCUUAUGGCAGGAAACACAAUGAUUUGAUCAGUCCGCAACUCACUCUGAGCCCUCCUGCCACCUUAAACAAGCUGGAGACGCCACAACUCUUCUCAGACAGACAGCUCGACCUUUUCUCAUCUGCCCCUCUUUUGCAUAAACUAUCGGCAAAGGAAUCAACCAAUCAUCAGCUUUCAGUUUCCGACAGUGGGGGAUCUAAGAUAUCAUUAAUCAACUGUAUAGAGGAGUCCACCAUUUCUGGCCCAAGCUGCGGCCAAAACUUCAAUAACUCUAGCACUCCACAAGGUGAAGACCAUCUUCCUGAUAAUUCUUUUAACCCUCUAUCCGAGUCUACGUUUCAGCUGAGAGUAAGUACCUUUUCUUUCCUUGUGCUUCUUGUUUGCAUUUUCUUUAAAAACGUUGACGUAUCCUUGAGACAACUUUUUACUUCAAUGUAA